GACUAAACAAAACACCUAAAUGUCCCACUAUAUAAUUAUUUUAGGAAACUGGACAAGGAAAAGGAAGAGACAUCAAAAAGCGAGAAACUGCCUUUACCCAAUUGGUUCGUAAUGGAAAUUUCCAUUGUUAAUUUUCUAUGAGACUGUACGCGUUGAAGCAUCAUCAUCAUCAGCACCCAAAAAUUAUCCUCAAUUUUGCGAGGUUCCUGAACUCACAUCAGUGACUUGAUAAGGUGAUGGCGGGGGAGGGAGAUAUUGAUCUCUCAGCUUUAAAAUCCCAAUUGACUCAAACUGACGUUACUUGGAAGCUAGAGAUGGAGAAAAGCCAGUCCCAAGUGGAUGCUUUACAAGGAAAACUGUUGGAGGUAAAAGCUUCUAUUCAGGGAUCAGAAGAAGAUACAAAGAAGGAGUUAGAUGCUCUAUGGCAUAGAGUAAGAACUGCUACAACAUUGAUGACGUACUUGAAAGCUAAAGCCAGAGUCGUGGCUGUUCCAGAUUUGGCCCAUUCCUCAUGCGGCAUCAAAGAACUAGAUGGAGUGGGUAUUGUUGAUAAAAAUGGUAUACCAUUAUCCAGUUGGACUAGGGAUGUUGAUCUCUCAUCUUUUAAUGAUGCUGAUGAUGAAUUAUGGAUUAGACUUUCGAGUAAACAUGGUCAACUUGAUGAACAAGAUGGAUCUUAUAUGAGUGAAUUACUCAGAAGUGUACAAUUGGUUACAGAUGUUAUGGAAAGUCUUGUCAAGAGGAUUAUAAUGGCGGAAUCUGAAACUGCUAUAGAGAAAGACAAGGUAACAGUAGGUGAAGAAGAGAUUAAAAGGAAGACGCUCCUUAUUGAAAACAUGUCUAUUAAGUUAGAGGAAAUGGAAAGAUUUGCUCUGGGUACAAAUCUUAUCCUGACUGAGAUGCGGCAGAGAGUUGAAGAUUUGGUUGAAGAAACUUCUAGACAGAGGCAGAGAGCUGCAGAAAAUGAGCAGGAGCUUUGUCGUGUUAAGACCGACUUUGAGUCUCUAAAAUCCUAUGUCAGUAAUCUCGUUACUGUGAGAGAAACAAUUCUAUCAUCAGAAAAGCAAUUCCAGACAAUUGAAAGGCUUUUUGAGCGGCUGGUCGCCAAGUCAACACAACUGGAGAGUGAGAAGACGCAGAAAGAGGCUGAAGUAGAAAAACUGAUGGAAGAAAAUAUGAGGUUGACUGCUCUGCUUGAUAAUAAAGAGGCACAGCUUUUGGCUAUGAAUGAACAGUGCAAAGUUAUGGCGCUAAGUGCUUCAAAUAUUUAGUUCAGUGUGUUUAGACCCUUUGCUUCUUGUCAUGUUCAAUGUCACCUGCUUAAAAAGGUGAAGACUGCAAAACCUUAUAUCCAGUUUAUGCAACUUUGAGUGUCUCAUUGAUAAAAUGCAUAUUUAUCCUCAAAUCUAAUGGAAAAACUAGACACCCUCUUUGGUGUAGUGCCUUUUACUUCUAUGACAAAUUUCUGUUUUUUUCUGUU